CUCUAACAUACGGACACAACUAACGUCCCACAGCUCAUAUUGAAGUUUUCCUCAGUCCUCUUAACCGCCUAGCCUUGCUCUACCGUCUAUCCUUCUCCAUCCCAGCUUCCUCGACUCGACUCUAAAGGAACAUAAUCCAUUGAUCCCUCCAUAGAAAUAUCGACCUACCAAUCCAACACCACCGCCACCAGCACCGCCAAAAUGUCCAUAAACGGCAUCCCCAUCACCGAAACCGAAGCCUCAAAAUCCUUCUCCAUGACACCCCCCCUCUUCCACAUGGCUGGCAAAGUAAUCGCCAUCACCGGCGGCGGCGCUGGCAUCGGCCUAGCCACCGCCUCCCUGCUUCUCUCCCAAGGCGCCAAAGUAGCCAUCUCGGACAUCAACGCCGCCGCGCUCUCCAGCGCCAGCAGCACGCUGUCCUCCCAGUGCCAGCAGGGCGGGGAGCUGCUCAGCACGUGUGUCGACGUGCGGCAGCGCGCGCAGGUCGACGCGUGGAUCGACGAGGUGGUGCGCAAGUUCGGCAGGCUGGACGGCGCGGCAAACCUUGCGGGCGUGAUUCCGAAGAGCAUUAAUAUCGAGCGCGUGGAGGAGUUGAAUGAUGAGGACUGGCGGUUUGUGAUGGAUGUUAAUGUUACGGGCGUGAUGAUGUGUAUGCGCAAGCAGAUUGGGGAGAUGAAGACGAAAGGGAGCAUUGUUAAUGCGGCGAGUAUUGCGGGGUUGGGCGGGUUUCCGAAGGUGAGUGCGUUGGGGGCUGAGGGGAGGGGGUGUCGCGGGGUCAGAGGGAGUAGUGCUUGCCUGUGUCGUUCUUCGUUUGCUCGUCGUGGAGGCUUGUUUGUUGAGAGUAGCUGCUAACGUUGGUGUCUAGAAUGCAGCGUAUACAGUAGCGAAACACGGCGUUGUAGGGCUGACGAAGACAGCGGCGAAGGAGGUGGGCGAUAGACAGAUCAGGGUCAAUUGUAUUGCGCCGUAAGUCGCCAUCCCAUUCCCAUUCCCAUUCCCCUUCCCGUAGCUGAUACCAGGACAGGGGCAUCAUCGACACAGAGAUGCACCGCGAGUCCGUGAGGAUAAGGGGCAAGGAAGGUGAUUACAAGAUCCAGAUCCCGCGGAAAGGACGCCCAGAAGAAGUUGCAGCGCUGAUUGCGUGGUUGCUGUGUGAUGCGAGCCAGUAUAUUACGGGGACUGUGCAGAUUAUUGAUGGGGGGAUUAUGGCGUGAUUGGUGGAGUGAGCUGUGGGAUUGGACUGCUGGGACGGGGAGGGUAGUAGGUGGUCAUCUCUCCGACUUGGGAAUACGGUGGGG